UCGAAUUAAAGUUUUACAAAAAAUACACAGGGAGGAACAUAGAAGAAAACAAAAGGAAGAAGAAAGUCAAGUUAUAGUCAGUACUCAAAACCAUACAAGGAAGCUGUGGUGGUUAGUUCAGAAGGAGGGAGCAGAAGCAAAAAAGACGGAGACGGUAUUAGUAUCUAUAGCCGAAGAAAACAGAGAUGAAGAAGGAAGACCCUCAACGAGUCAAAAGAAAGAGACUAAUCAGGAAAGCAUAGAGAUAAACACUAACAUGGAAGAGAAUGAUGAAAAUAACAAUGAAAGUGAAGAAAUGGCGAAUAGUCAAAGGAAAGUACAGGAAGAAACAGAGGAUAG